AUGAUGCAAUAUCUCGUCUAUGUUUGUCUUUUACUUUUCGUUGGAUUCUCAUUGUACGUGACCUAUCUCUUUGCCCACAUGUAUGUCAUUGGAAGAUAUCCGAGAAAUCUCUUCACCCAUCCCAUUUACAAGCAACACUCAGAGACAUGCAAUGCAAGCAAUAACAAUGAGGACAAUUAUACCUCUUCAAAAUUCUCUUCUAAUCAUGAUCAUGCGAAACAGAAACCACCCAAAUUCAACAAGAAUCCAUUCAAGAAGGAAAAACUUGCCACUCAUUACGAUGCCAUCAUCAUUGGAAGUGGUAUUUCAGGUCUCAGUUGUGGAUCAGUCUUGUCAAAAGCUGGAAAGAAAGUUCUCAUUCUUGAACAACACAAAAUUGCAGGAGGAUGUCUUCAUACUUUCCAUUUAAGAGCUGAAGAGAAUUCUGAAAAGUUUCAAUUUUGUGCUGGUUUGCAUUACUUGGGAAAAUUAAAAGGAGCAGAAGCUGCAUUGAUGGAUGCUUUGUGUGAGAAACAUAUUGAAAUGAUGUCUUUGGAUUCGAAUUUUGAUCGAGUCACUGUCAUGGAUACCUCCACCAAUGAAACUCUUUUGGAUUUGGAAAUUCCUGAAGGUGUUGAAAAUUACUCCAAGAAAUUGAAGGAAACUUUUCCCAAUGAGGUAGAUGCCAUUGACAAGUACAUGAAUAUCUUACAAAAUGGUUUCGAAAUUGUUCCGGUAGUUCUAUUGAAAUCUCUUCCAUUCUUCUUUUCCACCUGUUUGAAAUAUUUACUAGCUCCAAUUUUUAUGAAAACAGUUCACACCAGUGUGGCUCAACUUGUCUCUUCUCUCACUUCCAAUAAGGUUCUCCAAGCAGUAUGGUGCUACUUGUGUGUGGAUUAUGUAUCGAGUCCAAAACACACUCCUGUCUAUGAACAUUUAUCAGUGAAGAGAAUGUUUCUGAAUGGAGCACAGAUACCUGUGAAAGGUGCUGAUGACAUUGUUGAGAGUUUAAUGAAAGUAAUUCGAAAAGGAGGAGGUGAUAUUUUCACCAAUGCUCAAGUCAAGUCACUCUAUUUGAAGGAUGGACGAGUUCAAGGUGUUGAAAUGGUAAAAGAUCAAUUGCUCAUCAAGGCACCCAUUGUCAUUUCAACUGUUGGUGCUUUCAAUACGUUUCAAAAUUUAGUUCCACCCAUUGCAAGAUCGUCGUUUGGUUAUUCGAAUAUGAAUUACAAACCUUCAUUCUCAAGUCAGGUGGUAUUUAUUGGAUUCAAUAAGAGCUUUGAUGAAUUGGGAAUUAAGUUUCAAAACUCAUUUAUUGUUACAAAUCCAGAUAUUGAUGGACAAUUUGAUCGAUUCAUGAACAGCAAUGGAGUCUUGGAUCCCAAGAAUGGAAUUGACCAUCCUGUGAUUAUUGCAAAUUUUAGACCUGUAGGAAACAAGGUUUCAGCCAUUCUUCUUACCUUUUCCAAGUACGAAUGGUUUUCUGAUUGGGAGCAUCAAAGAGUGACGAAUCGCAGUGUCGAUUAUGAAGAUUUGAAACAAAGUCUUGCAAAUAGAGCAGUUGAAUUGUUCUAUGAAAAAUUCCCACAUCUACAUGAGAGCCAAUGUGUUCUCAACUCGUGUUCUCCUGCCACUUUCAAUCAUUAUUUGGGGUGUAAUUUUGGAGAGUGGAGUGGUUGGAAGAGAAUUGUAGGCGAUGACUCGUUGAUAUUUAAAUGGGGAAGACCCAAAACGAACAUUCCAGGAUUGUACUUGGCAGGUCAGGAUAUCUUUGCAGGAGGUGUUCAAGGUUCUCUAAUGACAUGUUUAAUCACCUGUGGUUCCAUAUUGCAUCGAAAUUUGUUUGGUGAUCUUUAUGAAUAUUAUUAUGUUUUGCAAAAAAAACCUUAUGUAACCAAUUAA